AUGUUGCCUUUACCACUAUUAACAUUGCUAUUAUUACUCACCCCCUCUCCCGUUGCCCCCGUUUCACUCCCCCUUCGGUCCAUAUUCCGUCGCGCCGACGCCUCGGAAGACCAUCCUAUUAACCUCCCCCCACAAUCAGAAAUUGAGCCAGGAUCGGUCGUGUGUCGACCUUUUGGUGUCUGUGAGCCAUGUCCAGCAGAAGCAUUAAGCCAGCCUUAUUGCCAACCAUUCGGCAAUCGACGACUCAUUCACUGUCUUCCCUAUUCCUCCCUACCACAAACGGGGGAAGGUACUCUCAAGACAGGAGAUGACGGAGAGGUCUUGGGUGAAACACCAGCGUGGGAGGCGUGCGGGAAGGUAGUGAGCAGGGAGCUCGCAGACUUUUGGGAGUUCGUGAUGUUUAAUUUGGUACUAUUAGCCAUCGCGGGCGCCGUGUACCUGCUGAGAAGCCGGAAACUCGCAGCGUUGCAGUAUCGACAACUGGUAGCACGAAUAGGACUGUCGCGAGGUACAGGGUGGCAGGACGGGUGA